AUGGGAGAGCACAUAGACAGUCGAGGCUGGAAGACAAACUCCCUCUCCCUGGACGCUCACAGCCUCACACACAUCCUCACUCAACUCCCUCCCCUCCGCACCCACCCGCACCUCGGCGCAUCCUUGCACCCCCACCUUUCCUACGACACACUGCCCCUCACAGCACCUGCCCGCGCUCCCCUCCGCAUCAUCGCCCACCACUUCUGUCCUCACCCAGCGCCCGCACUCUCUGGCCGCGGGUCCCCCCGACACACGCCCCCUGCUCGCCCCCGCCCCCGGGGCCCCGGAGCUCUCGGGCGCAGCUCCCCCUCCGACUCCCCACCGGGCCCCCCUCCCCGGGACAAAGCGCAGCGCGGGCCGGGAGCCGCGAGCCGGGAGCCGCGAGCGGGGGAGGGGGCGCAGGCCCGGCCACCGUGCCGCAGCCCCCCCAACCCCGCACAGGCCCUGAUCCCGGCAGGGACAAAGGGCCCGAGACCCCCCUCCAGCCCCAAGCUAGCCUUCUCGAGGCCGGCCCCGCUGUCCUUCUACUCUGAAACCUUUACCUCUCGGAGAUCCCGAAUCUUGACACAUCUGAGGUCUAGAAUCGUGGGAGAUUGGAUUCUCAGAAUCCGAAUACUGCCUAAGAGGACCACCUCCCCAGGGGCAGGACAGGAAGUACAGACGGAGAAUGUGACAGUGGCUGAGGGCGGGGUGGCCGAGAUAACCUGCCGACUGCACCAGUAUGAUGGAUCCAUAGUUGUCAUUCAGAACCCCGCCCGGCAGACCCUCUUCUUCAAUGGUACCCGUGCCCUGAAGGAUGAGCGUUUCCAGCUUGAGGAGUUCUCCCCGCGCCGGGUACGGAUCCGGCUCUCAGAUGCUCGCCUGGAGGACGAGGGGGGCUACUUCUGCCAGCUCUACACGGAGGACACCCACCACCAGAUUGCCACGCUCACUGUACUGGUCGCCCCGGAGAACCCUAUAGUGGAGGUCCGGGAACAGGCGGUGGAGGGCGGCGAGGUGGAGCUCAGCUGUCUUGUUCCACGGUCCCGCCCGGCUGCUCUCCUGCGCUGGUACCGGGACCGAAAGGAACUGAAAGGAGUGACCAGCGGCCAGGAAAAUGGCAAGGUCUGGAGCGUGGCAAGCACAGUGCGGUUUCGUGUAGACCGCAAGGAUGAUGGCGGUAUCGUCAUCUGCGAGGCGCAGAACCAGGCGCUACCCUCUGGACACAGCAAGCAGACGCAGUACGUGCUGGACGUGCAGUACUCCCCCACGGCCCGGAUCCAUGCCUCCCAAGCUGUGGUGAGGGAGGGAGACACACUGGUGCUGACGUGUGCUGUGACGGGGAACCCCAGGCCUAACCAGAUCCGCUGGAACCGCGGUAAUGAGUCUUUGCCCGAGCGGGCGGAGGCAGUCGGGGAGACGCUUACGUUGCCGGGCCUGGUAUCCGCGGAUAAUGGCACCUACACCUGCGAGGCGUCGAACAAGCACGGCCACGCGAGGGCGCUCUACGUGCUCGUGGUCUACGACCCUGGUGCGGUGGUAGAGGCUCAGACGUCGGUGCCCUACGCCAUUGUGGGCGGCAUCCUGGCGCUACUGGUGUUUCUGAUCAUCUGUGUGCUGGUGGGCAUGGUCUGGUGCUCGGUACGGCAGAAGGGCUCCUAUCUGACCCAUGAGGCCAGUGGCCUAGAUGAGCAGGGAGAAGCGAGAGAAGCCUUUCUCAAUGGCAGCGAUGGACACAAGAGGAAAGAAGAAUUCUUCAUCUGACCCCACCUCCACCCCAGGCCUGGGCCUGGGCUGGGGUCCACCCCACUGCCAGCUGCAAAGACAUUUACCAGAGUCUGGGAUGGUGGGCUUCUCCCCCCACCACUAACACCUCAGACGCUUGGACAGGGAUGGGGGUGUUGGCUGCCUGGGUCUCUACAAGGGCCGGAAGCUCGGGCCCAGAGGUCUGGGUCCCCCGAUGUGGGGGCAAGGGCCAAAGGUCCAGACCCCUUAAGUCCAGGGAGGGCGGUAGGGAUUGGGUUGGGGUAAGAUAACUGGGGGAAGGCCAAGGCCCCUAGGCUGCAGUCCCAGGUCUUGUGGGGAGGGGCACAUUCUGGGAAGGGUGGGGUGGGCAGGGAAGGGGAACAGAGAUUUCUUUGGGGGUUCCAGACCCCAUGCCAGCCAUUGUAGGAGUUCACAGAGCUCUGGGCACCUCUUUGCAAAGCCAUGUUUGCACGGUGGGGGUAAGGGUGGGGGGAGGGCAUGGAAACAGGGAUUCUGUGUCUUUGUGUCAUAACUUUGAUGGGGGCGGUGAGGGAGACAGCCCCAACUUUGCUCCAGUCCCCUUUCCCCAGCUCCUGGGCUCUCCUCCCCUCCCCCCCCACAUCUGUCCCAUCCAUUUUUGUCUCUGUCCACCCACUCCUGGGGGGGCCUUCCCCAUCUCUCCUCCAGGCCCCCCGGGGAGGGGGAAAGGAGUCUGGGGGGAGGGUGCAUUGCUCUCUAUGGUUUUAUAUAUAAUAUAUUAAAAAAAUAAAAAAUCUGUAUGAAAAUAUCAGAUUGCACCCCCUCCCCCCAUUCCUGGCUUUUGCCCCCUUUUUCUUGUUUAAAAAAAAAAAACAAAAAAACACAUUUUGUAUGGGGCGGGGAGGGGAAAGGGGAGGGGGUUUGGCAAUCCCACUAACCACCAUUAAACUGAGGAGAGAACAA